AUGCAUUUGCUGCACAACCUUGUAUCCAGAAAAUGUUCUGAAUUUAAACCAUCAAAUAACUGUAUGCAUUGUCCUUAUGCACAUCAUAAGAAUAAGAUAGAAGUUGUCUGUAUACCAGAAGAUCUUAUAUUAGGUUUUAUUGAACAACUAGCAAUCACGUUGGUACACAUCUAUACGAUUAUUAUUUUAAUACGCGGUCGUCAGGCUGCCUUGAAAGGUCAAAUAGUAUAUUUCUCUGCUGAUACAAAUAGUAUUGUUAAUGAUUUGUUACCAUUUCCAAAAUGCUAUGAAUUCUUAGCGGUAGUACAGGAAAAAUCACACAAGAACAAUGAAUUUGGUACUACCGUUACCUAUUCAUUUCGUCCGAUUCAAGUAUUGAAAGCAUUAAUCUAUUUGAAACAACAUAAUCAUUUAUAUUUCAAUAAAACAUUGAUGACAAUUGAACAAAUCGAAGAUAUGUUUCAAUGCCGUAGAGAAACUAUAAUUCCGAUCCGAAUUAUUGAUAGUUAUGCUUAUAAUAAUUCAACUGUAAUAACGCCAGUUAUCAAUUCUUCAGAAAUUUUAUGUGGACCUAAGUAUUAA